GGCCGAAGCACACGAGCCAGCAGUCGGCAGUCUAGAGCGUACGCGAACGGGUUUGUUAUUUCGAAAUUUCCUUACAAUUAUGGAUCUUUUCCGGUAGUGAAUUAUUUAAAAGGCUUCGUUUCGAUUUCUUACGGUGAAGGAUAUUGAUUCAAUCACUGGCUGUGCGGCCGCUGCCGUUUCCUCCGUCGUUGCAAGCAAUCAUCGUCAUCAGUGAAACUCGAUCAUCAUCAUCAUCAGCAGCCAAUCGUCAUCAGUAUUUUCGACGGUAGUGUCAUCAGCAUCAAUCUUCGAGCUAGCGGCUUGAAACAGUCGUCCAUCUUUGAAUCGUCGAAUAAGCCAGCCAGCCUACUACGUGCCGUGUAGUUUGCGUUUUUUCCGCAUUCAUUCGCCGUAAAGUGCUGAGGAAGGAUCUCGGAUAUUCUCUCCUGGGGGACAAGAGUGAAAGCAUUCGAAAAAAGUGUAGUGUGGAGUGUGGAUUGAAGGGAAAAUUUCCCACCUUUCCUUUUUUGCUUUUGGUUGUCGCUUUUCGAAUGGUCGUCGCAUUUUGUGCGAAAUCAUCGCGUUUUGGCUUGGAUUAUCGUCGUUUUUUUCAAGCAAGAAAGGGAAAAUAGUGUGCUGAAAAGACAAGUGUAAAAGUUUUUCCGUAACGAGUGCAGCCAACUUGGAUUAGAGGCCAUCAGCCAAGAUGAGUUGCCCAAUGCCGGAGAUCGGUUCCUGCAUAUCGCUGAUUUCGAAAGCCGACAUCCGAUAUGAGGGCUUGCUGUUCACCGUGGAUCCGGACCGUUGUACCAUAGCUCUAGCACGGGUAAAAUCUUACGGUACGGAAGAUCGUGAAACGCAGUUCCCUAUCGCACCGCAGAACCAAUGCUACGAUUACAUUCUGUUCCGUGGGUCCGACAUCAAGGACAUCCGCGUCAUCAACAACAAUCCUGUGCCGAACGAUCCGGCCAUCAUGCAGAUGCAUUUGCCGCCACAGCAGCCACUUCCGCCGAUGCAGAACAAGCUCGGACAGCCCGGAUUCCAGCCGCAGCCGGGCUUCAUGAUGCCUCCCAUUGGUCCCGGAGGACCCGGUCCGAUGGGCGGCCCACCGCCCGGUCAUCAACCGAUAGGUCAACCGUACUCUUCAUUCGGUGGAAUGAACAACCUUGGAGAUUUGAUUGGGGGCGGAGCUGGUGGAGCCGGCGGUGCCGGAGGAGCCAGCGGAUCCCGCUCGACGACUCCGAGCAACUUGCUGUCCCGUAAAAGCCCAACCGUCGAUAUGGGAGUACAAACGAACCAGCAACAGCAGGGAGCUGGUCAACAGAACAACCGGGACGGUAACCGUAGCGGAGGCGAUGGUGGAAAUCUGGAUCGUGGUAACAUGCCACCGCGCAAUAGGAACAAUAGCCAGCGCAGUCAGGGACAGCAACAGCAGCGCGAGAGACGCGAUUCUGGCAAGACCGAUGGCCAAAUGAAGGAUAACUAUAACAAGAACAUGCAGAGACAAGGAGGUGGCAAUCAGAACCGUGGCUGGCAUAAUAAUCGUGGCAAUAACCAGAAUAUGAGCAAUAACAUGCGUGGCCGUCCGCGUGGACGUGGAGGUCUACCGCAGGGUGGCAACCGCGCAAAGAAUCUGCUCAAGUUCGAGAACGACUAUGACUUCGAGCAGGCCAACAGCAAGUUCGAGGAACUCCGAUCCCAGCUGUCCAAACUCAAGGUGGGCGAUGAAGCAAAGCCAGAGCAGCUGAACACCGAACAGCUGGAUAAGCAAAAGGACGAUUCCGGCAACGAAACGGGCGCCGGAGACCACGAGCAGGAAGAGGAGGAUCUUGUGUGCUACGACAAGGCCAAGUCGUUCUUCGAUAACAUCUCCUGUGAGGCGAUCGAGCGAGCCAAGGGCAAGCAACAGCGCACCGACUGGCGACAGGAGCGAAAACUGAACACCGAAACGUUCGGUGUCGGAUCCACCCGGCGUGGAGGCUACAACCGACGCGGAGGCUACUACAACCGUGGUCCGCACAACUACCGCAACAACCAGUACCGUGGCGGUAACAAUUACCGGGGACGCAGCGGUAAUCGCCCCAACCAACCCAACGGUCUUCCUCACAACACCAGUCGCCUAAACACCAACCAGCAGCAACAGCAACAAGCGCAACAACAGCAAGCGUCCCAACAGCAGCAGCAGCAACAGCAGCAACCAGCUGUUAUAGAGGUUGCGGCAGGCAAAUAAUGCUGUAAAACAACUAAGGAUGUACUUUUACUUUUAAAAAGCUGACCAGAGUUCCGUAAAAGCUUAUCACCAAAUAGAAGAAGACCAAGCAGUAACAGAAAAUUGAUAGCAUGAUGAGGUCCUGCUGCGGAGCUGUGCUCCCUGCAAGCGUUAUUUGCAAACCUCCAGGCCGAUUCGAGGGUCUCCGGAAAAAACGCGUCCCUUUGUAAAGCCCUGAGGAAACAUAAUAAAAAAGAUAGAAAGUAAUGAAACAGACCAACAGUGUGAAUCGCAAAGGACUCGAGAGAAGGCGUAAGGAAUUGCUCACCUAGGGUUAGAGGAGAUACUGUAAUAUUCGAAGUGCCACUCGCUGCAACAGCGACGGAGAGUGCUCGAAUCUGAAAGAGACACCUACGCGUAUUUAUCUGGACGUGAACGCUUAUCACACGCACACGCCGGUUCCGUAACCGAGCGCGCAUCAGGGAAAACAAAAAACGAGGACAACGUCGAACGUGUGUCCCCACCACAAACUUCCCUUUCCCACGAAUCGAUGCCAAUCGGAACGAACGGAUCCGCGCCUGUGGUUCGCUAUCAUGGAAUGCAACUAAAAAAAGAAUCUAGAAUAAUCUGUGAACUCAAAUUGAAAUCGCCUUCUUUCCCUUCGAUUCAGUCCCACCGCUGCGUGCAAACAUUUGUGUGCCCGUUAAGAUGAGAUUUGUUUUUCUAUUGCUGGCAACGGAAAAUUUGUGUCAUCGCCGUCGAAUCAGGGAAUAUGAAAGAGAGGGAGUCAUCCCACAAAGAGGAAAGUAAAGCGAGUACCGAGACCAGGAGGAUACCGGAACUACAACCGUGUACAGUACAGGAAGAAGCCAUCAUCACAUGUGGAGCAAAUGGACGUGAAUAGAGUUUAGGUGAAUUUAGACAUAUGGUAGUAUUUUGAUGCUCGGGAGAGUCAGGGCACCAGCAGGACUUCUAUUUGAAUUUGCAAUGCGAGGAGAUAGGAAAAGAGGAACUUUGUAGAAUUUGGAAAUCGCGAGAGCGGAACGUGAAGUGAAUGAGCAACUUUUUUUGCAUUAAGAAUGAACAUAAUGAUUAAGCUAAUAUAUGAAGAGCUGGAAACUAAUACUACUCCCCUAGAACAAUAGAGGAGAUCAAAAAGUGUAAAGAAAUGACAAAUUUAGGCAUGGAGCAAACAUUUAGGAUUAUUUAAGCAAGAGAACAUCGAAAGAUGUCAUCGCGCCAGAAGCGCGAACCCGUUCCAGGAAAUGAGAUGAGAGAUGAAGUAGAGAAUUUCAUAGAGGAGAGCCCGUGAAUGAACACCGCUGGAGUUGUCCGAGAAAAUCGAUCAAAGAUUAAAAUUUAUAUUAUUCAAGCCAAUAUAGAAACGUUACUGAAAUUGAUAUUCAAACUGUGUGUGAUAGAGUACUUAUGAAGAGGGCGUUUAGGAGACGAAUGCGCGGUGCGGAGAUUUUUCUUUAAUGUUUACUGAUUUCCUCACUACACAGCUUAUUUUCUUAAUUAUUAUUUUCUUUUUUUAAUUUCUAGUUUUUUUUAACCUAACCAAAAAUGCAUGCAUUUUCCUUGAUGCGAGGAAACUCUGGUGCGGUUGAGAGUUUAGUUUUCGUUUGUUUCCUACGACUUGUUAAGCAAAAACUGGGAUAGUUUGAGUUAAGUGCGAUGUUCAGGUCUCUGGCGGGUAAAUUGGGCUCUCUCUCUCCCGACAAGCAACUCGCAAACGAUAGAAUGUUAUUUCAACAGGUAUACCCGUAAUCUCGCAUAGCAUUUCGUUGGAGGAGAAGAUUGUAAACCCGAUUUUUUGUUCUGGAAAAGGAUUUUGAGAUAUAGUGCGGAGGAAUAAGGGAACUAUGUAAUAAUUAUGAUUAUGCUAAUAAUAUUGAAUGAUUAUAAAUAUUAUACGGAGGAAACGAUGGAAAAGCUUGGGCGUGUAAUUAUUUCACGAAAGUGCGUUUCGCAAGGGUUGAUUGAGUGACGACGUAAACUGUUUUGUGCUUUCGAAUACACAUUCUAGUGAUGCGUAUUCAAUGAAAAAAUCAAAUCUAUAAGCGGGCACAAACAUCAAUGUUAUCGAAAUGAUUUGGAAGGUUCAAAACAGUUUGCAUUGCCAUCACAAUAUUGAACUAAACACUCUGCGCAAACGCAUAUAUGAAAAUACUUAGCUAAAUCCUUGAAAUCGUAAGCAGAAGAGAAAAAAAAUCGGGCAUCGACUAAAAAUGAAAAAGAUUAGCUAAAAUCCAGUCGAUAAGAAAAACACUUGAUAUAGUACUGAACAAUUAGUUUAUAUGAACUACUCGGAAUCGUUUCAACACUACAUGAUAUGAUAGGAAGAAACUUUAAUCAGGAAUGGAUGCAUACUAUAAAGAUGGCUAAACUUUUCGGAUCGCCACGGGCGCCUAAUCAACCCGUAACGCGAUGACCGGAAUAACUCAAUGAAUUAAUGGGAACGAUAAAAAGCUAAGGAUCCAGUCAAUGGAAGAAGAUGGCCAAAAGAGUAAACGACGAGUAGUGUUUUUAUUGCUAUUAUAUUUUUUCGGGAGCUAGAAAGAGAGACGAAGGGAACCCGGAUCCGACCGAUCGGAGAUACCUAUUGACUAAAUAUAUAAGAGAAAGUGCGGAAGAGCAGAAAGCAGAAGUCAUUUAUACUAACACAGAAGAGCGGGAAGAGUGUGCCUGGCGUGUGGAUGGGAAAUAGACGUGAGUAAAAGAAGAUAGAAGGAGAGAAUUCACUCAAUCAGGAUUUGCGCACGGAAAUCGAAAUGGACACUAUUUUUAACAAUGAACUCAUGCAUAGAAGCGUAGUUUCUUUGCAAAACACACCAAGUCAGUCCACAGGAUUAAUACUACCACUGUAAAACGAACGGACUUCAGCAGCAGAACUAACACAAUAGACAGACAUAAAACCGUGAUGUAAUGAUGUACAAUAUAAAUCUGAUAUUAACAAGUAAGCGCAGAGAGACAGCAAAGGUAAUAUAUGGAUCAAAGUGAUUAUUCCUCACUUUUCUGUACUAGAACAAAAAUCAACUAUAUAUUAGAGCGGAAAGGAUCUAAACUACACAAACCAUGCCAAAUUCGGUCCAAUAGGUGUGCGCACAGUGAAGGGGAAACAGAUAUAGCUGUAAUUUUUAGUAUUCGAGAGGGCAAGAUAGGGGGAAGGAAUAGUAGAGCGAGGAGUGGAAUGUAGAAAACAAUAGCGAAUUACCAACCAACGUUUUAUAUUGGCCAAGCAAGUAGAGGAGUCUAAAUCCGGUUUACCAUUACGCGACAGGUGGCUUUGAUAAGCUAAGAUAAACAAUUGGAGGCAGGUCGUAACUUACCAUACCUUACGAACCUAUAGUUUAGUCAAACGGAGCUGUAAAUUUAUCUCUAAACUGCAAAAAUUGAUUAAAGUUUCAAGCCACUUUAAAAUCAAAAUCCAUGAAAUGGCAAGUCGACGUCUUGGUUUGUACUUGAGGCCUGGUAGCAGGUCUCUGUUUUAAAGACUUGAUCACUAUUCAAAUGCAAAGUCUCAAUUUUUAAAGGAACGAACAUUUUUAUCAAAGCAAAUUUGGCCAAUGUGAAGAAACUGCUGUAAUGAACUUGAAUUUCGUUUAGUAGCCCUAGCUAUCCAGAUUUCCGUUGAGCUACUAGUUUAUUGAUAAGAACACAUUCUACAAAAGUGGACUUUUUCGGCAGGGGAUCCUUAUUGGUAACUAAAUGCUGAACCUAAUCCGUUCUAAAUUUCAUAGUUAAUACAAAAGCUCUUAUUAGACCAAUAAACUGAGGCAUUCAAAAAUGAUCAGCAGUCGAAAUGACCACCUCUACAAGAACGGUGCUAGUCCAGGCAUUCAUUUCUAAUGGCUCUACGAAUUUCGUUCAGAUCAUGGACGAAUACGAUUCAUCAUUUACUUUAAUUGGAAAGCGAGCCAUUUGGCAUAAUGGCAAUUUAUUAUAAACAGAUUUAUAUUGCUUCUUUCAAAGUGUAUCAGUUCAUGAUGAAACAAUAUAAUUUCAAAUGACAUUUAUGCCAAAUGACCCAGACCCUUUACAGUGUCAUUGAACGGAGUCAGUACUCAGCUAGGCCCCUGGCUUUAAUUUAGAUUCCAUAUCCGGGUUUUCGAAAAUCGAUGCAUAUGAGCUAAAAACAUUUUAAUUUAUUUAUUUGAACAAUAAUUAGCUGUUGGUCCUUAAAAAAUACGUCGUUGUCAAAAAAAUGUUACAAAAUUAUCGCAGCUGCAAAUUAGGACUAUUUCAUCUGAAUUAAAUACUGUUUUCUGGCGCAGUUGAUUAUGCAUACUUUGGCAUAGUUUACCACUUCACUUGACUUUCUAGCCAAAUUGAACAGCUUUCGUAGUCGCACAUGUUGUGAUCUUCAUAACUAAACUACCUACCUUACACAGUCUCAUUCAAUGCCAACCCCAAGAAGCAUAAGCAACGAAUUUCGGGUGCAAUCUAUUUUUGUUGCAGGACAUGCGUCGAAUAGCAUUAGCACCUAUUUGUGUGGGGUAUCUAUAUCCCCCCUUUGUAACGGAGAACAAAUAGUACAUAAAAGAAGCCGCGGUAACAUCAUCAACCAUCUCAAAACAAAAUGAGAAAGUAUGGUAACAGCAAAGAUCACAUUGUAACAACAACAAAAAAAUAUCAAACAUUAUAAACUUUAUGGUUGAAAAAAAAAA